UUCAAUAAACAACCAAUCUCAAGCGCUGGGCUCGGCGAGGAAGAAAGGUACUGGGUGUUAGCCGACUAACCAUCAUCUAGACGACGCCAAAAGAAGCUCGAAAUUCACUAUAUAAUUAACUAAGACCAAUCUUCUUGACGAAUAUCUCGACCAUGGAUCUAGAUAAGGCCUUCGAAGCGUUCAAGUUCACACAAGCUGCAUUCUCAGGUAUACUGGCUGGGUCAGCACUCUACAUCACUCUAAUUGAGCACCCCGCCCGCAUGGAAGUAAAAGACACAGAGUCAGUCCACAAGCAAUGGUUAGGAUCCUUCAACAGAGCAAAGAGGUACAUGGCAGUUGGAUCGCUAUUCCCAAUGGCAAGUGGCGUUGCCUGCUAUGCUAUCGACCAGAAGAAAGGAUUACCGUUCAUGCUGGUAGCGGGUAGCUUGUUGUUCAACUUGCCCUACUCGCUUAUUUUCCUUAUCCCAAAUUAUGUCACCCCAAUUAUGGAUGAAGAUACCGUGACGAUGAAAAAGAAACCAGAGAAAGUGGUCCGGGAGACGGUCGACAACUGGGGGUUCUAUCAUGGGGUCAGGACCAUCGUGGAUGUCGGGGCGUUUAUUUUUUGUGUCUAUAACAUCGUGUACGACUCCUAGACUAACCACAAAGCCGGCACUGAGGAGCCAGCUAUAGUUUACAUGAGACUUGAAGACUAGAUAGGAUAAAAACCUGGAAUGGACUGACAUGUGAACUUGAUAAUAACUCUCUUCUAUUGUUUGUAUAAUAUUUAUCUGAUAAAAUGUCCUGUCAAUACAGUUGUGAUAACUUAUA